UAAGGAACGACAGUGCAGUUAAAGACAGUGCAUUUCGAUACAUAAGCUUUGGACUAAACGAUUAACGAUUUAAUUUUCGCCGUUCGAGAAAUUCAAUACUUGUUUGUUUUUUGCUCUUUUUGCUUACUUACUCGUAAUGGUUGAGCAUACUGAAAUCACGGCCGAUGACAAAGAAACGUAUCAGAUGCGUGAAAUUCAACCGGUGUCGGGCGUUAUUGGUGAUAAUUUGAAAACGAAAAUUUUGCAAAUGACUAACAAAAAUCAUCAAAUUCCUUUGGAUUUGGUGGACUGGUCAAAUCGUUGGUGUACUGUGCCCGCUGGCUCUAAGCAGCAUUACAAAACUUUUUAUGAAACUGAGAUAAGAGGCGAUGAUGUUUUUGUGGUAACUUUUCCUAAAAGCGGCACAACUUGGAUUCAAGAGGCGCUGUGGUUGCUAAUAAAUGGUUUAGAUUUUGAAAAAGCUAAAGCGGAAGAUUUACAUUCGCAGCGUUCAUUAUUUUUGGAAUUUAAAUGCUUGCAUCCGGACACGAACAAUGAUCCUCUUGCAAAAAGCCAAGAAAUGACUUCACCACGCCUACUCAAGUCUCAUAUGCCAGCACAUCUCCUACCUCGGAGGAUAUGGGAAAAAAAAAAUAAGAUUGUUUAUUGUGCUCGCAAUCCUAAAGAUGUUAUCGUUUCCUUGUAUCAUUUUCAAAGUGGUUUGGGCACACAUCGGGGUUCGCUCGAUGAGUUUGUCGAGGAUUUCAUCAAUUCGGAAAUAUUAUAUACACCGUUUUGGUCGCAUGUUUUCGAUUUUUGGCAAUUACGUCAUGAGUCAAACAUUUUCUUUACCUCAUACGAAGAAAUGCAAAGAGACCUGUCACAGGUUUUAGUGAAACUCAAUGAGUUUCUGGAAAAGCCGCCGCUCGCAGAAAUCCACUUAAACAAUUUGUUAAAUCAUUUAAAUUUUCAAAAUAUGAAAAAUAACCAGACGGUUAAUCUUUCUAAGGCUUUGGCUAGCAGCACUAACCCUUCACGUUUCAAUAUACAAUCGGAGUUUAGAUUUAUAAGGCGUGGUAUUGUGGGCUCUUAUAAAGAUGAAUUAUCGAUUGAGAGUCAAGAGAAACUUAAUAAAUGGACUGAAGCGUAUUUAGGAAAAUUUAAUGUAAAAUUAUCAGAUAUUUUUGGUAAUUUAUAAAAUUAAAAUUUUGAA